AUGGGCCUCGCUGACGCACACAGCCUGGCAUGUGAUAUGUCCAUACAACGCAACGUGGACGCCGCACCUGAAAUCAUCGCCUACACCCUCCUGGAACUGACAUAUGACCUCCGCAUGCUCGUGCACAUCUCCCAGACCAGCAAGACUAUGUGGCUCCGUUGCAGCCAAGUUCUCAGGUCAACUAGUCGCGCCGUGGACGGCAACGCCGCGGAAACACCCAUCGACAUCAAGAUGUACCUGUUCAACAAGCGUAUGCACACGUGGUACCACCAUGAGCUCACGUACCAGCAAUACAUGGACCUCCAGGUACGCGAACUCCUACAAGUGCCAUAG